AUGUCACGUUUCAGUACUCCGUCCUGCUCAACAUCAGAGUCACCUGUACUUCCUGAUAUCCUGUUGGUGGGAAGUCAGCAAUCCCUUGACGAUCCUGGUAAACCGCUUCCGGAGAAAGUUGAAAGUACAGACUCCGGAUUUUGCUCGAAAUCGGACAGUCCCACGCCCAUCAGCUCGCAAACAAGUUCGCAACAAACUUCCGAUACGUCUACUGCAGCACAUCCUGAAAUCGAAAAAGAACAAACCACACCACAAACCACAACGCCUAAUGGAGAGAUCACAAGGAAUUGUAAAGAGAAACAUUUUCAUGGUGGAACCAAAGAUGAUGGAGAGAACGCAAAGGUUGAAGGUCUUCGGGAACGGCUGUCGAAGUGGCGAAGUCUACCUCAACUGAAUAAGGGAGAAGAGACAGAAUGUAAUGGACAUGCACGAAUGGAAUCAGUUACAGCAAACGAGUCACAUAAGCAAAGGUCUCGCUCAGGUGCGUUAGGAAAUUUGUAG